AGCAGUCCAUAAUAUCUCCUGCUGAAAAAGACUUAAGGAACAAUUCUUGCUGGAAAAACCAGCUUGCUGGUUUUAGAUGAUCUAAGCUAGUUCUAAGUGCUUUAAACUAUUAAUUCAAACCAGUUUGAUCAGUGCAAGCCAGGCAGAGACUAGCUGAACACAUCAACCACUCUAGGCUGCCAGAAAAGUGUUAAUGUUUGAUAGAAACGAUCCACUUUUGCAUGCUGCAUUACCAUAAACAUGGCUGUCCAGUUGUCAACAACUUCCCUGACUUUGCACUCGGCUUUGUGAGUUUUUGUUAACCCUUUGUUGGUCUGUUUCUGUUAGCGUCUUAUGUUCACAAAAUGAUCAUUCUUGGAACCGAGGAGCUCAAACAAGCUGAAAGCAUUUUGAAGCAGAGUUUUCCAGAGUCCAUCAAGGUGUGGCGAAGGUUUAAGAAAGUUUAUGGCUGUAUAUUCAACAUAAACAGAGGGAAACCUCACAAUCUGGAGGUUAUUGCAGACCAGUGGCCAGACUUCGCUGUCAUUAUUUGCAAACCGAAAGUUCAGGGCACAAAGGAUCGAGAAGGAGAUUUUAACAUAUACAGCAUCUACUCAAAGAGCAAAGACACCCUGAAACAAUUUCUGAACAGGCCUGGUGUUAUCAAUAAGGAUGCAUUCACAUUAUUGGCAGGGGUUGACAUCAGGCAUUUAGACGCCGUUCAGGAGUUUGCAGAUCAACAUGGAGUUCCCUGGAAAGUUCAAGUAGUGAUGAACGUCUUACUGCUGCAAAAUGAACGACAGCUGCAGUUUAAAGAAAGUAACGCUGGACUCAGGUUCGCUCCGCUCAGUCCAGCUCAUGCACAUCUGGUGAACAGCACGUGGAAAUAUGGUGGAGAUCUAAACAGCUACAACUCCGUGCUGAACUACAUUACCCAUAAUCCUUCACUGUGCGUGAUAGACGAGGGCGGCACGGAGCCCGUCUCCUGGCUGCUUGUGUACCAACACGCUGCUCUUGGUUUGCUCUACACGUUACCACAACACAGACAGAAAGGCUACGCUAAGUUUCUGGUGUCUAUGAUGGCCAAAAACCUCCUGGAACAAGGACACCCUGUGUACUGUUUUGUGGAGGAGGAAAAUGACUUUUCCAACAAGCUUUUCACGUCACUGGGUUUUCAGAAUACACCUGAUUACAAGGCUGUGUGGUUUGAGCUCAAUAAAAGACAAUAAAUAACUUUAAAAAUUACUAGAGGUUUUUAAUCACCUCUUCAUUAUUCGUAAUAUUUAUAAUUUUUUCUAUUAAAUUUAUAUGCUUUAUAUAUAUAAAUUUAUAUUAAAUUUAUAUUGUAGCUUUCAAAAAAAUUAUAAAUUAUAUAUCACUUAAAAAUGUCACUCUGGAGUAUAUACUGUAUAUAUUAGUGCUGUCAAAUCAUUAAUCGCAUCCAAAAUAAAAGUUUUUGUUUACAU